UUCUUGUCGUAGAAAUGGGCGCGACCAUUUGUACAUUUUAUAUUUUUAGCUGAACAAACCAGUUCGUUUUUCUGCUUGAUAUUGAAAGUUUGUGUGUCUUAUCAUAUUAUUUUAAUGUAUUAUCUCAAUUAUGAACACAAUGGUUUGUAGAGCAAACAGUUUGACCGUUUAGAUAUUCUUCGUUAUUCUCCUCGUUGUUUACCUGUAGAGGCUAUUGAAUCGGAAGUCUCAUCCAUAUGCUUACUUCCGCGUUGAAGAAAAAGGUGUAUAACACACACUGAACACACAUCAUAACUGAGCCUUUAACUCUAGGCGUUUAUCUUCAGCUACAGCGGUUCUGUCUUAUUGCAAACAUGGGCAACUAUUUCACUAUGAUUUUCUAUCGUACCUGUCCGAAAAGGCAGAUUAAGUUGCUUAUGGUUGGUCUGGAUGCAGCAGGGAAAACAACAGUGCUCUACAAACUCAAACUCGGUGAAGUUGUCACAACUAUUCCAACUAUUGGUUUUAAUAUUGAAACAGUUGAAUAUAAAAACAUCUCCUUCGCUGUGUGGGAUGUUGGCGGUCAGAGCAAAAUCAGAGGACUUUGGAAAUAUUAUUAUCAGUACACUGAGGGCCUGAUCUUUGUGGUGGACAGCAGUGAUCAUGACCGGAUUGAAACAGCAGCAGAGGAACUAAACGCGAUGCUGGCGGAGGACGAGAUGAGAGACGCGGUUCUGUUAGUUCUUGCUAACAAACAAGACUUACCCAAAGCCAUGCCGGUCCACGAGCUGACAGACAGACUGGGUUUACACGUACUGAGAGGACGACAGUGGUUUGUUCAGGCUACAUGUGCGGUUCAAGGGUCAGGUUUAUAUGAAGGACUGGAUUGGCUCUCAGAUCAACUGUCCAGACGAUAAAACACUGCUGCGUUCAAACUACUUGAAGAAAGGACACUACAUCAACGGAAUGUAGCCUAUAGUCUAGGCCUAUUUUUGUCUCAGAUGUACGCUUGCCUUUAUUAUGUGCCUUUUUAAAUUCACCAGAUUGUCUGUGAAUUUAUAAAUUAUGCAUUACUAC